AUGCUUGCAUUCUUGUUGAUAACUCUCUCGUUUGCUAAAGUUGAUUUUUCUAUCGUUGAUUACACCCAUUGUGGAGGAAAAGCCCUUUAUCGUUUAUAUGCUAUUGAUAAGUGCAAAAAGACUGGAACUGGCUCAGUGAUGUACACAAACAGAAGUCCUUCUGAGUAUUAUCCAAACCAGAACAAAUACAGCAAAUCGGACUGUACAGGUACUCCAAGCACAAUGCAGGUAGUUGGUCCUCAGUAUGUAAAAGAAGCUCCAUCUGGUGUUAAAUAUCUUGGCUUCCUUGGUGAUAAAAACACGAACUGUGCUGAUGGCGACACCAUUGACGGGGUUUACUAUACAGACGCGUGCUUCCAAGAAGAUUUCUUUUUCAGAUACACAAUUUUAAAUGAAGAUGGUAAAAACAAAUUGGUCAAAAGAGGUUUCACUUCGGGGGUGUGCGCCGAAGAUCAAUUCAAUGAAGAUAUUACAACCGAAAGAAAUGAAUGUAACAAGUGCACUGAUGGGGUGCUGUUUAGAUGUUAUGGUGUUGAUGGGGUGGCUGCAUGGUCAGACCCGACCGAAAAAGCACCUGAAGUACCUUCUGAUAAACCAUCUGGAGAUCACUCGGAAACAGAUGAUGAGAAUAACAACCAAGAAAAUUCAGCAAUUCCAGUUUAUUUGUGUAUUAUUCUUGUUGUGUUUGCUGUUCUUAUCUAA